GGGCACUAUCGAAUGAAACAAUCGACAUAUUCGAUUGUUUGUAACUAUCUAGUCAUUCGAUUGUUUAACAUUACUAUCGAAUAGUUUUCAUUCGAAUAAAACUAUCGACGUUUUCAUUCGAAUAAAAAACUAUCGACGUUUUCAUUCGAAUAAAACUAUCGACGUUUUCAUUCGAAUAAAACUAUCGACGUUUUCAUUCGAAUAUAAACUAUCGAUUGUUCCAUUCCAACCUACAAUAGCCUUAUCAAUUAUCACACUUAUCGUUAUCUGGUAUUAAAUAUUAAUUAUUUGUUAUUAUUUUGAUAUUAAUUAUCCAUAAUAAUUGUCAAAUGACUAUUGAGUAUUGACUAUUAAGUAUUAACUAUUGAGCAUUAUAGACUCUAGUGUUGUUUCAUUGUUUGUCAAAUGUCAAAUUAAUGCUUUACUUACUACUUAGUGUUUAAUAACAAAACCACUGUUAUAAUUGUACGAUUAGUAAUUAUUACUUAUUAGAAAUGCCGUAUCCUAAAAAAAAUGCUUCCAUCGUUUGGAAAUACUUUAAUAAAGACGUUAAUAAUCCAAAUGUAGCGGUUUGCACAUUGUGCAAAACCUCCUACAAAAGAGCUAACAGCACUUCAAAUUUGUUGGAUCAUUUAAAGAGGAAGCAUUUCAUAAUAUUAAACCGGGAUAGAAUGCUUGUAAAUGAAGAUCGUGAAGAUGAAGUAAAUACACCAGGAACAUCGGAAGUAAAUCAAAGACAACAAGAUAAUACAAGUGCUGCGAUUCCUAGGGCAGAGCUAGUAACCAGUGGGCCUAUAGUGCCAAGACAAAGACAAAUGGUUUUGUCCAACAGAUUUAAUCAUUAUCCAACUGGUUUGGAAAAAUUUUAAGUUAUGCCUCUGGAAGGAAACUUUUAAUUAAAAGGAUAUAAGUAUCAUAUAUUUUAAUAUUUUUUAAAUUAUUAGGUAUAUUUAUUUAUAAGUUAUGAAAAUUAUGUAUUGAAAACAGUUUUACUUUUCUUUUAGAUUCUAAACGAGGUGAUGAAUGUAUUAAUUUUAUAGUGAUGGGCAUUAUUGAAUAAUAACUAUCGAAUUAUUCGAUAGUCUUACUAAAUUAAUUAGUAUAAAUCUUAAAUGAGUUUAUUUUUUAGUUUACAGCGUGGACUUUUCCAACUGGUUUGGAUACAUCAACCUCUGGAAGGUUUCAGAAACAUGAGUUAUGUUGUUUAGUUAAAUACAACUUUAGGUUAAGUAUACAAAUAGGGUAAAAGUAUAUUACAACAAAAAAUAUCAUAUUUUAAAUAUUUUGAAAAAAUUAUUAGCACCUAAUGGCCAAAUCAAAUAACUGAUAUUUUAGUUAUCAGAAAAAAUAUUAAUUCAACUGGUUUGAAUAAUAGUUAUUACUAGAGCAAGGAUUUGUGCACUUAAAAAUCAUCAUAUUAUAUGCAGUUAAAUAUUAUGUCCUCAAAAAAUGUAUAGCUCUAAAAAUUAUAUAUUUUCAUUAACUAUUUCAAUUAAAUAAUUUUAUAUCAUCUCUCUAUAAGUUUUACCUAAAUUUGAUAUCAUUUUAUAAAAAUAAUCAUAUUUUAUAAAAAUAAUCAUAUUAUUAUAUUCAUAUUAAUAUCAACGUUUUAAACGUUUUUAGAUUCUGAACGAAGUGAUGAAUGUAUUGAUUUUACAAUGGUGUGUGUUUUUUUUUUUUUUUGUGUCUGUGUACAGCAUAACUAGUCGAAAUAAUGCUCCAAUUUCAAACAAUGGGGGUGGUUUCCGAUGUAAAAGUGAAUAUCCUUGGUGCAUUAUAGAGGUAAAAAGUUAACAUUUUCCAACAGUUUUCAAAAAAAUCGAGAAAAACAAAAAAAAAAUGACGGAAAAACGGCAAUUUUUACGCAAAACCAGUUUUCGACCAAAUCGAUUUUUUUUUAUGGUUGUAAUUCAAAAACUAAUCACUGAAAAUACUUGAAAUUUUCACCAAAUGUUAAUGUCAGUAGUAUCCGUAUAUAGUUAAAUUUUCAAAAAUUUUGACUUUUUUUGAGUUAUUUAUAGACCACUGAAAUUUUCAAUUUUUUUGAGAAAUUUUUUUUAAAGUGUCGAUAAAAAAUUUUUGGAUGACCAAAAAGUUUUGAAAAUUUAAUACAAGGUUCCUUAUGAGUUGUUUUUAAUGUAGCUAAAAAAAAUUAAAAAUCGUUAGUCACAAUUUUUUUUU